UCCUUCCCUGGAGAAAAUAUGCUGCCAUGCUCUGCUCCAUGUAUGGCCCAUGCAACCCAACUUAAACUAGAUCUUAGUAUAGGCCCAUACCCUGCCUCCUGCACAAAGAUAUCCCUGGCUCUCCUGUCUGGGUUAGACCCCACACACAUAUUCCAUGGCAUCAACUUAUGCCUUUCCUUCCUAACAUAGUGCAUAUCUCUUUGUUAUUUUUUACAUUUUUAACUUGUUAUUGUUUUGUGGCAUCAAACCUGAGGUCUUGUACAUGCUAGGCAAACACUCUACUACUGAGCUACAUCCCCACCCCAGUUUUUUACAUUUUUAUAGUGAAGUAUACCAUUAAUCAUCUCGCAUAUUACACUCAACUCUUGUUUAUUGCCUCCCACCUUAACUUUAUGAUGACCCACACUUGUCCUUGAUUUUGUUUUCCUAGUAUCUAUAUGAAUCCUGUUUCAAAGUAUUUCAUUGAUGCAUGAAUGCAUGAAGCUAGGACUUCCCGGGACUGUCUCAUUCAGUCCACUCCUGCGAGGAGUGCUCAAUGAUGGGAGACCAGUGCCCAGUGCCAGCUUAUGAGGCCUGCAGUACCCAGGGUGAAGACGUGUGUCCAACAGGACACUGCAGAGAGCCAGAGCUCCAGGAGGAGGGGAUCAAGCUGGAGGAAGAAGUGCUUGAGGCAGAGGCAGGAGACGAGAGAGGCCCCAGGCUUGGGGCCUCCAUCGUGGGGCCCAGUCAUGGACUGAAGAGGAAACCGAUCAAGACUGAAGCUGAGCUGCCACCAGGGAUGCUGCUACAGAGAGAGGAGCUGGAGGGCUGUCAGAAUGAACCCUCACCAUCUGCCAAACAGCACAAAAAAGCCAAGAAACGCAAAAGUCUGGGGGCUCCCAUGCUUCCAGCUGUAGCCAGCACUAUGUCUGCACCCCCAGAGACCCUGGGGCUGGAGCCCCCUGUCCUGCCCCGGGUCCUUGCAGGAAAAGCUCAGCGCCUCCGGCCAUUGUACCAGUAUAUCAACUAUUGCAACCCUGAGCUGAACCAGGCAGGGGAGGAAGACAGGGAGGCUGAGGUAGAGCCUGAGUCAGAGUUGGCCCUGGUUCCUGAGGAGGCAGGUGUGGAGCAGCUGCAGGCCUUGCUCCCUGUGGCAGGUGAGCUGGGCUUAGGUCUCCCUUUGCCCUAUUCCAAUGUGUUAGUUCCCCCCACUCAUGCCUUGGCUCCCCUGGGAGAGGAGGCUGGAGUGGAGCUUGGGGUUUUGCCCAGCUUGGGGAUGAGUGGCCACCUCAAGGCAGAGGUGGAUAAGUCAACCCAGGUGGAUAUCGACAAGAUGCUGAGUGUCUGCACUGCUCCCCUUGUGCCCCCACUCUCCCCUCAGUACAAGUAACUUCACCCACUGGGUGUUCCCAUUCUCCAGGCCUGACCCAGGGCUGUAGCCUGAGGGCUAGAUGGAGGGGGGAAUUUGGCUCCUGAUCCCAUUUGAGAACUUGGAAAAUAAACAUUUUUUCCUUUUCUAAGACCAA